GCGCAACCGGAAGUCCUCUGACCUGGGAGAGUUUAAAAGGCCCCAGGACCUUCUCUCAGCCUCAGUUGACAUUCCCAAUUGGCUACAGCAUGAGGGGGCUGCUGCUUUUAAGUGUGUUGCUAGGGGCUGUCCUUGGCAAAGAGGACUUUGUGGGGCACCAGGUGCUCCGAAUCUCUGCUGUAGAUGAAGCCCAGGUCCAGAAGGUGAAGGAGCUGGAGGACCUGGAGCACCUGAAGCUGGACUUCUGGCGGGGCCCUGGCCGCCCGGGCUCCCCCAUCGAUGUCCGAGUGCCGCUCCCCAGCAGCCAGGCCGUCAAAGUCUUCCUGGAGGCGCACGGCAUCGGGUACACCGUCAUGAUCGAGGACGUGCAGUCACUGCUGGACGAGGAGCAGGAGCAGAUGUUCGCCUUCCAGGCCUGGGCCCGCUCCACCGACACCUUUAACUACGCCACCUACCACACCCUGGAGGAGAUCUAUGGCUUCCUGGACUUGCUGGUGGCCGAGCACCCGCAGCUUGUCAGCAAGCUCCAGAUUGGCAGCAGCUACGAAGGCCGUCCCAUCUACGUGCUGAAGUUCAGCACGGGGGGGAGCAAACGCCCUGCCAUCUGGAUCGACACAGGCAUCCAUUCCCGGGAGUGGGUCACCCAGGCCAGCGGGGUCUGGUUUGCAAAGAAGAUCACACAAGACUAUGGCCAGGACUCCACACUCACAGCCAUUCUUGAUUCCAUGGACAUCUUCCUGGAGAUUGUCACCAACCCCGACGGUUUUGCCUUCACUCACAGCAAGAAUCGCAUGUGGCGCAAGACCCGAUCCCUCACGCCGGGCUCCGCCUGUGUUGGAGUGGAUCCCAACCGGAACUGGGACACCGGCUUCGGGUUGGCCGGAGCCAGCAGCAACCCCUGCUCAGAGACUUACCACGGCAAGUUCGCCAAUUCCGAAGUGGAGGUUAAGUCCAUCGUGGACUUUGUGAAGAGCCACGGAAACAUCAAGGCCUUCAUCUCCAUCCACAGCUACUCCCAGCUGCUCCUGUAUCCCUACGGUUACAAAGCAGAAGCGGCCCCUGACCAGCAAGAGCUGGAUCAGCUGGCCAAGGCUGCUGUGACAGCGCUCGCCUCUCUGUAUGGGACCAAGUUCAAGUAUGGCAGCAUCAUCAAAACAAUUUACCAAGCCAGUGGAAGCACUGUUGACUGGACCUACAGCCAGGGCAUCAAGUACUCCUUCACCUUCGAGCUCCGGGACACGGGGCGCUACGGCUUCCUGCUGCCGGCCUCUCAGAUCAUCCCCACGGCCCAGGAGACGUGGCUGGCGCUUCGGACCAUCAUGGAGCACACCCUGAAUCACCCCUACUGAACUGGCCCUUCACCACCCUCCUCUUCCUCCUCUCUGGCCCCACCCAUGCAACCAAAUAAAGUUUGAACGUCCAUGGAUCAGAA